AUGGAGAAAGAAGGCGUGUGCGAUGGUAUCAAGUUAGGUGAUGAGAUAUUCCCUGAUGAGCCUUACUGUUCCGAGAUGGAAAAUGAAACCAUUGCUUCGUCUCAGAAGAAUGAAGGAGGUGAGGGGAGUAAUGUGGUGUUUUCAAGAGAGGCGCCUCUUAUAGGUAAGGAUCCAGCUGGAACUAAUUCGGGCGAUUGCUGUGGUUGUAGUGCGAAGAAACUAAAUUUCAAAGGUAGUGAGGAUCUCAUUGAGAAGAAAAACAUUGGUCAGCAGCAGAAAAAGCUUAAUAGACAGGAUCGAAUCGAACAGGGACGGCUCUUCCAAGGAGCUGUUACCUCGCUGGAUUGGGAACUCGCUGAGAGAUUGAUUCAGUUGGCUGAUCCGCAAACUUUGAAUGAUUUGUUGUGCGUUGGUCUGGAUUCUAGCAAGACUCAUAGUCUUGCUGAUAGUGUGACCGUAAUGGCUCAAAGGUUGCAGGAGCGUCUCCAGGAGUGCAACGGGGAUGAGAUUCUGAAGGUUGAGGCUGGUGCAAAAGUUCAGAAGUUCACUGAAUGGGCUCUGAAAUGUAUAGGUUUCCACUCCCGUUGCCAGGGAGCAAGGGAUAGAGUUAGCGACAAUCCAGCUGCUGAGAUUGAACUACAGCUUUCUGCUUUCAAGAUGUUCCUAGAUCUAGCAGGAAACCAUCUCUCGGGGAGAGAUUUCACCGAGGCCUUCGAUGCAGCUUGUUUCCCGCUCACUCUGUUCUCUACCUCGUUUGAUCCUGGUUGGGCGUCUGGAGCAUCAGCUACUGUCAUACAGGGGCUGCUGGGUAUGCUGGUUGAAGGUGGCGUAGAUAACGUGAAUCAAUGUUUCCUCGAAGCUUCACAUUUUGGUAGUACAGAACUUGUCCGCGUCUUGUUGCAUAUUGCUCAAAGGAACAGCUUAGAUGUGGAUGUGGACUUAGCUCUUGGCUUUGCCUCACACUAUUGUAAAAUCGGGACAAUGAAGUGCUUAGUGGAAGAAGGUAAUGCCAUUGCCUUCUUGGGUCCUUUGAUGAGAGCAGCAGAGAGAGGUUGUAUGCAAGUUGUUCAGUGGUUUGUGAAAAGAGGUUGCCGCGACAUGGAGCUCUGUCUUGCCCUAACAGCCGCCACUUCAAGCUGCCAAGUCGAGGUCGCUGCGUAUCUCCUCCCUUUUGUUCCGCCAGCUGUCCUAACCGCUCUCAGCAUCGAAAUCCUCAAAGCAGCCGGAGAAAGAAGCGGAGUGUCUCUCCAAGGAGUGGAUUUUCUCCUCAAAUCAGACUUCUUAGGAGAUUCUGCGGCCACAUACUCAGUCGCGGACAGUAUCGCGACGUCGUCAGAGGACGAAUCCAUCCCUUCAGACCUAAAAUCGUUUCUACGAGAGCAUUGGUCGGAAUCAGCUUUCGAGAAAGGAAGGAGAGAAGGCCAUGAGAAUUUCAUGAACUUUAUGAGGGUGUUGAAGAAAGGCGAGUCUGCGUAUCCUUAAGAGACCUUCCUGCACCGCUGAGAGUAGCGAUUGCCUACAUGCCGCUGUACAGAGAGUGUGUGAAUGCGGGUGGGCGGUUACUGUCUCAGAGGCUAAGAGGACAGCUCGUGGAAGCUGUGAGGCAACUUCAAUGAUGUGUUGUUGCGUUUGUGGAAGUAAGCGAGAGUCAUAAACUUAUGGCGGUUUUAGAGCAUCACCUUACCGCCAUUUUCGGUUAAAACGGUUUCUUCUACCCUGAACCAGGAAUGAAGCAAGCAGAGGAGAUGCAAGCUUCUCAGAUAAUUGGAUCCUGAUAUGGGGCAACACUCUGUGUUGAAAAAUAAGAAUGGACAAAAAAAUAAAAUUUUACUAUUUUAACGGAUAUGGGAUGCGGAUUUGAAGAUUAAUGAAAUGGGGUUUUUUUGUAUAAUUUGUCUCUUUUGAUGAUGUAUAUGUCAGUCUUUUUUUACCCUUUUCCUUUGUUAUGCAUAUAGCUAGUUUUUUUUUUAA